GUGUGAGUAAGGGAUCAGUAAUGUCUCAGGAGAGCAGGGCUGGUGGGAGUGAAUGCUGCAGUAACCAGAAAGGCAAGAAGUUCUCUUUGAAUGAAGGUCCUGGAGGACGUGGAGCGGACUGCUAUUGGCCAGUCUGUUUCUUGAAGCGCGUUUAUUGGCUGUGAGAGUUCAAAGGGGCGGGGCAAACAGUGUCAUCGCUAUGGGAACCCGACAACUGAAGACACAUUACAGGCAACGAGAGGAAGCCUUCGAUAUCAGUGGUGUGUGAAUGGAAAUGGUGCACUAUGGAGGAUUAUCAGGACUAGGACUGCAUCGACACCAUCAGUACUGAGGGUAUUCGUGGAAGGAGCCUGGGUCAUAGGAUGCCCCUUACCCUUAGAGAGAAAUCUGGAGCCAAAAUGCAGACCAAGCGGAGUGCCUGGACCCCACUAAACCACCACCUGAUCAACAACCAUGUUUUUGAAGAGAGGAGAAACCUUCUGGGAAAAUGGUUUGAUAAGUGGUCUGACAGCCAGAGGAAGCAAGUGCUGCAGGAUUUCUUCUCCCGGUGUACUACAGGCCAGCUGAAGUAUCUCAGACAGACUCUGUGCAGCCAAGUGCCAGAGGCAGCUCUGGACUUCACUAAUGUUCUACCAAGAGUCAUAUGUCUCUAUGUUUUCUCAUUCCUGGACCCCAGGAGCCUCUGUAGAUGUGCACAGGUUAACUGGCACUGGAAAAGCCUGGUGGAACUGGACCAGAUUUGGAUGCCAAAAUGUCUGAGACUUGGUUGGUGUAUAACCUUCACUCCUACACCAUUCGAGCAAGGCGUAUGGAAGAGACACUAUCUAGAGACAGUGCAGGGGCUUCACAUAAGUGGACCCAAGACACCUGCAAAGGAAGAGUUCGUAGUUCCAGAGGUGAGAGUGAUUAGCAGCGACUUGGAGGAGACUGGCUACCAAAAUCAAAGACCCAGUCAGGGUACUGGGAGGAGUUUAACUGGGCGUGGCUCAGUAACAAAAGGACUUCCACCUUGGAGGGACUCAGACAAGCACCCCACGGAUACAAUACGCUUCAACUACUUAGAGAACCUUGACCCAGUUGAGCAUGCACGGCAAGUACAAGCGAGAAGCAGAAGAGCUAAUCCCAACACAGCAACACAAGAAAACACAAAGAAGAAGGCCCUGUCUGCCUCGUCAUACAGGCUGCGCAAAGCCAAAUCUUUGAUGUUUUUGUCAGUGGACCUUGCUGCAGAUGGCAAGAAAAGACAGAGCAGGCCACAGUGGGCGACACAAAGUUUAGCAGCUCUCUCGGCCAAUAAAGAUCCAGAAAAGAGGCUUGGCUCAAGCCAGUGGAAUGCUGGGAUACGGCCAGGUCCAGUCAGGUCGCCAGUCCCGAAACUGAGCCAGGAGGGGCUCAGAGCAUCUCAAAGAUCCCACAGGAGCACACCAACAGUGCCCCUGUUCGAAGGACAGCCCUGAAAAAUGCCAGCUCCAGAUGAAGACUGAUGUCUGCUGCCCUCUUCUGGAUAAUCAUAGAACAACACAAUGUGCUAAUUUACAUUUACCUCAGGAUUGUAAUCAUGUUUGAUCUGAACAUAUGUUUGGUUUAAUCUACCAUUGGAGGACAACAGCAUCAAAUGCAAUUCUCCAUAAUUGUCAUAUUCAUGUCAUCAGUAUCUGUAAGGUUAUAAUUAUGUGCUGGAGACAAUAAUAAAUUAGAAACAUAUAUAAUGUGCUAUGGUAAAAUGUAUGUGAUUUAGUAUCAUAGGCUGUGCAGUUUAUACAAAGCAAAUUGUCUACAAAGUAUUUUAUUGCAUUUGUUUGCAUCAGAAAGUACUUUGAAUGUGCCUUGCCAUCUAUGGCCACUAGAUUUCACUGUCUACCAUAAACUAGUGUACAUAUAAACCAGGCCUGCGUGCGACAAUAUUUCAGAAAUCUGUCAUUUAGUGCUCUGUCUAAUGUAAUAAUUAAUGUGAUAUUUAGAUCGCACCCCUGUUCCUAUUGUGGGAAAGAAUUAAUGAAGUUAUUAAAUUGUUAGUGGAAAUAAAUACACCAUGUUUCACUUGUAGAGUUGAACCAUGGCAUUUUGAUUUUUUUUUUUCAACUUUAUCAAAGAUAUUCCAUUAAAAAUAAACAAUAAAUUAUUAAAAUGAA